GUUAAAUCCCCCCAAAGAAGAAAAACCCGGAAGUGCAUUUCGCAGCGGCGCGAAAUAAUUUAGAAAACAAUCCCUUCGAAAGGUUGGUAAACACGGGCAAUUUAAAGAUCUGACAUUGUUCUCCCAGACUUUUGUGAUGGGCACAGCCGCACACAACGACAGCGUCAUCCUCGUCAGUGAUGAUGACGACGAAGACUUCGACCAGGACGCAUCCCGCUAUGACUCGUCGCUUAUCAUCAUGGAGACGCAAGAUGCGCCGCCGAAGAAUUGUACACUGUCUCCCAGUAAAUUGGACGAAGACUUGGUGGUCAUCUUCUCCCGUCCGGCUGAGCUGUUGCCCCACGCACGCUUUGACUGCCCCAAGCAUUCGUUUACAGCGACAGACGAGUCCGGAGAACCCGUGGCAGGAAACCGGCUGUUGUGCGGCCAAUGCUUUUGCUACAUCUGCGACAAAUUGGCAAGCGAGUGUGAAAGGUGGCAGCAGAGCGGCGCCUGCCACUGCAACAGCCACAAGAAAAGCGAUUUGUGGAACCAGCUGAGGAACCACACACUACUGGGCCACCUGGCCGCCUUCAAGGUCACGCUGUCGGAGGCGGACGCCCAUCUGCGCCAAGCAGAGUCGGCGCUGCGGAGCUUCAAAGCCGAGCUCUGGGCUCAGAUGAUGUCGGCGUCCUCCAUGGGCGACGGCGUCUCCUACGACUGCACGGCUGCCUUGCAGUACGUGUUGGAUUUCGUGAACCAAGCCGAGCAACGCGAUGCCCGGGCGGCGGCAAUCAUGAGGCUGGGGGCCGCUGAUGACUUCCUUCAACUUUUUUACGCCAAAGGGGUUUUCUGCCUGGCGUCGCCCUCCUCCACCCCCGCGAGCAGCAAAUGGAUGUUAAUGCGCAGGUUGUUGUCUGCCCUGCAGAGGCAGCUGGUCAUGGAUGAUUUCACGCCAGAGUUCCGACAAAAACUGCAGGAUUUUUACAAGAAUUUAACGUUUCCUCCUGAGCUCACACACAUCAGGGACAGCUUGGAUGUGCGGCCUUGGGACGACAUCCUGCUGGCGUCCGUGUUGAGAGGACAGAACGUGGCCGGCGUGCGCACCACCCGAGGCACCAAGGACACGCUCUUUGAGGAUUUCGAUGUGGUUUUGCUCAGGGUGCAGCGACUAAUGGACCAGAACAGGUUUCGAGAAUUAAGGCGCUACCUUCAAGUUGUACGGACCAACUUGUUACGUGGCACCCAGUGGGUGAAGGAGCUGGUUCCAUUCUUCAUGUGCAUGGAAGGCAACUUCCACAACGCGCUGUUCAGCAUCUUUAAGGCUGCCUCGCGCCUGACCUUGCACCACGUCCUCAUGUACCUGCGCCUGCUGGACACGGCCACGGCGCCAAAGCUGUCCGUGGGUCCUACGGGGGAGCUCCAUUUUGCAGACGACUGGCACGCCAUCCAAGGCGCGGUACCGCUGGCGCGUGUAGCGCUGGUCCGCUUUGCCCUGAAGCUGCACGAGAUCUGUCCGGCCGUCCGCAUGAACUCCGACUUUUGGCUCCGCUUGCUGAAGAUGGUGCAGGUGACUCGGCAGGCGCCGGCCGGGCUCCGCCUACCCAGUCUGGCCUUCCUCAAAGAAGCUGUACGCACGUCCCACUCCAUUCUGGACGAGGAGUUUGGCGUCAAUCUGCAGAUCCCGCAGCAAUUUGUGUCGACGUUCCCAGAUCAAGCCAUGUUGCUGCUGGUCAGCGCGGCCUUGGGUCGGAUCAUCCUCGCUCCUCCUCUGAGUCCCAUCAUCCCGCUUAUCUGCACAUUUCAGAAGAACGUUUGGGCUCUGCACUGGUUUUGGAGGGACCUGUUGCCCAAUGACCAGUACCGGGCGCUCCUUGUGCACAAGAUCUAUCCGGAGCUGGAGAACCCAGCAGCAAAAGACUUUGAUCGGUCCAGAAGCCAGGUUCUCUGGCCCGCUCCCAUCGACUGGAACUAUUUUUUGCAGCUGAAGGACUUCCUGCCGUUCCUGCUGUGCUUGAAGGGCCAAACGUGGCAGGCGCUGCAGAUGUUCUUCCCAAAGUGCGGCCCCAUCGCACAGCCCACGGCGUUCACCUUCCCGCUCUACCUCCGUCUGUUUGGCUCGGGUACGGUGCCCAGGACGAGCCUCGCACCCACGGGGGAACUCUGCGCGCUCGGCGACACCUGGGACUGCGUUCCAGGUGCGUCAGCGCUGACACGUUUGAAGUUGGUGCACUUUGCUCUCACGUUCCUCCACGGCUCGCCGGCCUGCUACCACAGCAGCCAAUGUUGGAUCAGUCUACUCAACAUGGUCACGCUCACAAAUUCCCUCAGCAGCAUCCCAGAACCAAGUUCCGACUUCAAGCGAGAGGCCGUCGCAUUUGCAGACUGCGUCCUGUUCUCCUACAGCGAAGGUCUCGCCACCCAAUUGAAGAUCCCGCAGAGCUUUUUGCCGUACUCGGAUCAGGCCGCGUUGCUGCUGGUCACCAAAGGGUUGCGGCAGACCAUCCUCCAUCUCAUGCCCGUCGUCCCCAUUCUCAGCACCUUUGAGAAGAGCCUUUGGGCUCUGCGCUGGUUCUGGACCCAUUUGUCCGAUGACGGCUUCAACGACGCCAUCAUGGAGAAGGUCCAGGAAGAGGUUUGGCAGACAACAGCAAACUCUUCUCUCCAGUCCAUCCAGCACCUUCUGGAUCCUUCCAGCACCGUGCUGGAACCUCUAAGCCACGUAGCGUGACCGCCACCGGGGGGCGCUGCAGGCCCCACAGCCAAACUGGCAAUCCGAAAGAACCAAAUGGAGAUUGUAUCGAAUAUUGUGUGUCUUUUGAAUACUUGACUUGGAUUGGACUUUAUCAAGGUAUACUGACACUUUGGCUCAGCAUCUUUACACCUUUUGUGCCUUUUUAUUUUUGGAAUGUCACACACACAUGCAUGUCAUAUAAUUUAAAAUAUAAACACGUCUGGCAUUGAGCUUUU